AUGUUUUUUCCAAUUAUUGUUUUAGUAGUCGUAGCUUCAGCAAUCAAAUCUGUGAUCCUGUCAAGUGAUUAUGACUUGAAGAGAAAAGAUGUUAAUGAACUUCUGUCUAAAGAAAUAGAUUAUGAAUUAAUGAAAAAAGGUGUUAAUGAAAUGACGUCUCUUGAAAUAGCUUUAGCAAUCGUUCUACUGGAUGAAGAUUUAGCAAAAAAACAGAAAGCGCUUGCUGAUAUCAAUCUUCACCAUAUCAAUAAUGCGAAACUGAAAGAUGGUUCUCAUGAAAUCAACAAUACUGAUUCUUCGUCAAUUUAA